AUGUUCUUCCGUGCGACCAGCCUUAUCGUCUUUGUUGCUACUUUGAAGUUUGUACUGCCAAGUUUCGAUGAAUAUCGUCUUCUACAGUAUCUCAAGGAGAAUUACGACCAUUUCGAACGCCCUGUGGAGAAUAGCUCGAUGCCACUCGACGUCAAAGUGCGAUUUCUUCUGAAUCAAAUCCUCGAUGUGGAUGAGAAAAAUCAAGUGAUGUCCAUUCUUGCCUACAUCGACUUCCACUGGAAUGACUACAAACUUCGCUGGGAUCCACGAAUGUUCGGUGGUAUUAAAGACGUGAGAUUUCCUGGGGAAGCCGACGCCCCUUUCAAGUUAUGGAGGCCAGAUGUGCUGCUUUUCAACAGCGUUUCCGAAUCAUUUGACUCGACUUAUUCUUCUCGCUUUAUUGUAAACUAUGACGGCGAAGUCCAGCAAAAUCCACCAGGGAUUUUUAGAUUCAUAUGUAAGGUUGGUUGUGUUUAA